AUGUACAGGCGACACGAUUUUUAUUCGAGACACGAUACAAGAUACUAUGGACAACAAUACAUCGAACGAAGGCCCGUCAUUUGCUACAACUGUGGAAACGAAGGACAUUUUGCACGAGAUUGCGCAUUAGACACGUUACCUGAUGCUUACCGUUUUCGACCGUUUCAAAGAAUUACGUAUGAAGAACCAACCCACAAGCAAGAAACUGGUUGCCCACAUGAUUUUACAAGACCGGCCCAUCAAGUCCACGCAAUGAAACAAGAUCCACCGACUGCUCACCUCCUCGAUAUCGAUACCGACUUUGAUGCCAUUGUCGUAGACACAGCUUAA